UCUGAAGAUUUACCUCUGAACCGGAUACAAAGUGGAGUUCAAGCUUUAAGCGGCCAAGGUGGACUAUAAUUGAAAUGCAUAAUAUCUAUUUUAGACUGGUUAUGCUAGCAUAGGUACCCUCUACAACAGGGCAGAAUGCCGGAGGUUAUUGACAAGUUUUGGCUGACACCACACGCGCACAGCUGCUGGCGUUGUGUGGAUGUGUGUGUGUGUGAGAGGUGAGCGACUUCAAACUUGCUGAAAAUGGCGAUUACUGCGGAAAAUAGAAAUUGACCGAACAAAAUUCUUGGUAUUUUAGCUAUAUAUUGUUAUUUCAAUUGAAAUAAUAUUCUAGAAACUGUUAACAGAAUUUCGUGAUGAAUCGUAAUACAGAUGUUAAAAGAGAAGCGGAGACUCCCGCUGAAUUGGAAAGUCAGUUUAUUUUGCGCAUGCCUCCGGAACCUGCUAAAAUUUUGCGUGAUGCUAUCCGCAGCGGAGUUAUUCAUCUUAAAGACAGACUAAGCAUUAGGCUUGAAACUGAUAUGCGAUAUGGUGAAGUACGUGUAGACCAUUGGUUAUUGCAUGCCAAGGUUGUGGACUUACCAACUGUAAUUGAAUCCCUGAAAACUAUUGAUAACAAAAGUUUUUAUAAAACUGCCGAUAUAUGUCAGCUGCUAAUUUGUAAAGAAGAUGAAGAUCAGACUACAACUGAUGAAGAAAGUCCCAGUAAAACAAAGAAAAAGGAUCCAAAUAAGGUGGAUAAGAAGUUCUUGUGGCCACAUGGUGUAACUCCACCUCUCAAAAAUGUUCGCCGGCGGCGAUUUCGCAAAACUCUGAAGAAAAAGUAUGUUGAAGCUCCAGAAAUAGAAAAGGAAGUAAAACGCCUUUUGCGUGUGGACAAUGAUGCAGUUAAUGUGAAGUGGGAAGUUAUUUGUGAAGAUGAAGAAAGAAAAUCAGGUAUUGUUAAAACUGGAUAUGAUGGAGAUACUGUAGAAGGAGAACCAGGACCUAGUGGUGACAUAUCUCUUGAAGCCAGUAAUCCACAUAGUGUGGAUGUUGUUGAACGAGAAAUUUUUGGUGAGGCUGUAAGCGAUUCUGAAGAAGAGGAAGAGACCAAUAUUAAUGUAUUGGAACUUGAAGAAGAGACCAGUCGUAUUUCUGCCGAUGACAGUAGAUUAUCAGACUCAACAUCUUUGCAGGGUGCCCCAGGUGAUCGGCACAAUCUGGUAACUGAAUUUUCAAAAGAAAUGUUUAAUCCUCGAACAUCCUAUGCAGAGAGGACAAAACAUGGACAUUCAUCAUUAUUGGGACCAGUGAAGGAGGAACCAGGUCAUGAGUAUUCUGAUGUUCAGGCUACAUAUCAGUCUGAUGUGAAAUCAGAGAUUACUUUUGACUUUGAUUUACUCAAACAAGAAUUAAAUUCUGGGGAAGAUAAUGACUACACUUCUGGCUCUGAGAUAUCUCGAGAAAAUAUACGAGCAAGACUUGAUACCUUGGAGAAGGAUUUGGCUGAUCUUCGCAAUCGUCGUCAACAACAAGAACUUGAGAUAGCAAAUAUAGAAAAUCAAGCUCUAAGACAAAGAUUUCAAGACAUCCUUGACAAUUUACUGACUGAAAUGCUAGAGAAGGAACAAGAGUACCAAGAAUUAACUGCCCUAAUGCCAAUGCAGUAACCAACUAAACAUGGAUUGUUAGAGAAGGAAGUAAUGAUUUGUAAAUAUUUCUUUCUUAUGCAGUGUAGAAUUGUGAUUACGUUUUUCAAUAAAAUUCAAAGAUUUAACAAUAUUUCUUAAAUCAUCUGCUUUGA